AUGCGGGGGAAGGUACAAAAAAGACAUUCUUGGACGGACGAGGAGCUGAACAUCCUCUCGUACCUUCGAUACACUUGCCACUGGGGCUUCAAACAAAUCCAAGCGUCAUACUUCCCAACACUUUCUUCCAGCGCACUCCGAGGAGCCUACUGGAACCUGUCUAUUGAGGACCGCAAUCGCCGAGCAUCGAGGACCAUUAUCCCAGUUGCACCUUGCAGCUGUGUGGAAGGCUUCCCAAUGGCCGUCGAAACGCAACCCGCGUCAUUCAGUAUCGAGCAGGGGACAAGUCGCUCUAACUGCCCCGCCUCUGGCACUCUCACUCGGUCAGAAAAUAACCUUGAGACUUUGGCAUUGACCCCACCAAGCCCUGCGGGUGGAUGCGAGCAAUUUAUUUCCAAUAACAGCGUUUCGAGUCGUUACGAACUUCGGCCGAACAGACCCUCAACUUUCCCUCUAAGGAAGCCGCAAUAUCUAGUUGACCGACGCCAUUUCCCACACUUCUUCAGAUCGUAUAAGUACUCUCUCGAUCUACAAGGGCUCUCAGACAACGAUUAUAUUCCUCCAUCUCGAACGCCUACGCCAAGUUCAUCAGAUCGAAGCGUUUCCAUCGUCUCAAGUCUUCCCAGUGCUGCGUCAAGCUUUGAACUCUUCGGCUUGGAGGCGCGCUCUCUUCAGUCAUCAGACCGUGAAUCAGCUUCCGCUGAUCGGCCCAACGACCAAUUUGGAAUCAAUACGUUUUAUACUGGAAUCCCGAUACUGGAUAAUGCGAGCAACUGGUUUAGGUGGAAUCAGAAGGUCAAUGAGUUCAUUCGGAUAUCUGCGGUUGCCGACGAUGGAGCGACUCCACCAAUAGAAGAAGAAGAAGCACGGCAAUGGAUUCGCCGCCAAAAGUUCUAUUCUGCGAUGAUCACGGCAAAGCUGACACACAAUGCGGCGCAAAGGAUCAAUGCCUUUGAGAUUCCUCGAGUUCAAGUACUGCUUAAGGCAGUCCAGGACAACUUCAAACCAGAAGGCUCCGGCACGUAUGUUAACCUCCAACGGCGAUACAUGGCCCUUACAAGAGACAAGUGUGGGAGCACUCAAGCCCUCGGGGCAGAGAUCAGGAAGAUCCAUGCUGAAAAACUCCUCCUUGACCCUGAUUGCGUAACCUCCGAAAUUGAGCGAACAUUUUUCUUCGUGCAUGCACUCGGUCCUGAGUAUGAGAGCUUCCGCGAUCAUAUCUUCCGACAAAUGGACCUUGUCAACGAAAGGGACGCAAAUGGGAACGUCACUAAAGCGGCGCCCACAUUCGACUAUAUCGAGAAUAAGGCAAUUGAGGAAGAGCAUCGGAAGGGGCAAUUGGGCAGACAAACAACGGAGACGCAAGCACUUCCUGCUCUUGCCUUAGUCCGUGGGCCAGGUGACAAGAAGCUCAUCCCGUCGUCGGACGGAACUACUUGUCGAAUCGAGAUCGAUAAUGUCCCAUAUUGCUCCUUCUGCCGAAAACCUUAUCACGUUGACUCCGAAUGCUUCACCAAGAAUCCGAAACUGAAGGUCCACAAGAAAGACGGAGACGGACCGAAGCCAAAGCCAGGCAGAAUGCACACGGGCGCACGCAAACAGUCGAAGAGGCGGCCCUCGACGGAUGACGAGGAUGACGAUGCGGGUGGCCCAAAGGAUCCGAAGAAACCAACGUUCAUGGCGAUGAAGGUCUCCGAGAAAGAUGUCAACGAAGCAUUUGGAAACGAUAUCGAAGGCAAUUUCGCCCGGCUCGACCAUAUUCCCAUAAUGAUGGCGAUAAAGACCCUCUCUAUCCGCGACGCGUGGAUCGUGGAUAGUGGAUGCGCUCAGCACGUCUGCAAUAGUGCCUCGAGGUUUGUCCAAAUGGCCAAAUAUCAUGGCCCCCCACUAAGAGGCGUUGGCACCUCAACGGCUCCCUCGGGAGUGGGAACAGUGAAUAUCCUGUGCAAUGUACGCGGCAGAAAGAAAUGGCUUGUGCUUAAUAACGUCCUCUAUGUUCCAUCUGCACACGCCAAUCUCAUAUCGGUACUCCAGCUUCUCAAACGAGGGGCAAAAUUCGAAUUCUCAAGCAGGGAUGCUAUCAUUCGCAACAAGUCAAAUGGAAAGAAUCUGUUUACUGCCAGUGAAUAUCAUGGAGUCUACGCACUCGAUCUGUGGGCAAGUCUGACUUUCCCCUAUUACCAUGUUAGCCCACAAAUGACGCUGUGGCACAACCGGCUUGCUCAUCUGGGUGAUGCAAAUAUUCGGCGACUCAAACAGCAGGCUCACGGUGUCCGGGACAUGGAGCAACGUCAUCCAUGCAAUCCCUUGGAGCUCCUCCAUGUUGACGUCGCUGGGCCAUUUGACGAGGGCCUUGACGGCAGUUGUUACUGGCUCACCAUUGUUGACGACUUCACGAGCUGGAUCGAGAUUAUCCCUAUACCGCGAAGACAACACUUCGUCAUAGAAUCACUUCGGUUCUUCCUCGACCACAACGAGCGCCCCGAGCGAAAAUGCAGACGAAUACGUCUCGACCGAAUAUCUGAACAAGUGGGCGACGAGAUGAAGUUUAUGUUGUUCUCGCGUGCAAUCCAAGCGGAGGUGACAGGAGUGGAUCAACAUCAGCAGAAUGGGGUUGCCGAAAGAGCCCAUAAGACAAUUUAUGAUCGGGUUGGGCCUACCCUAGCACAUGCGAGGUUGCCGUCUAAAUUCUGGCCGGAAAUCGCUCGAACCGCAGCUUUCCUCUCCAACCGAUCACCGUCAUCGAAGCUCAACAUGACUCCGUAUCAAGCGUGGUAUGGCGACAAACCUGAUUUAUCACGACUUAGAGUGAUCGGAUCCAAAGGGGAAUACUUGAUCCCGCCAAAGCAAAGAAAGAAGCUUACGGAUCCGCGAACAAGGCCAUGCAUUCUGCUAGGCUAUGAAGGAAAUACCAACUACCGCAUCCUUCUGGGAGACGGAAGAAUCGUUGGGACUCCAAACGCUGAAUUUCACGAAGUCCUGACAGCUCCCUCCACACAGACUAUAGAAGAUGUGGGAGCCAGACGAGACGGCUUACCUGAGGCAACGGCUGCUGCCGCAGGGGGGAGCGAGAUGGUGGGACUAAUAAAUCAACCGUCGGUAGGUAUACGGCAAGCAUCCGUGCCUGCUUCGGGGCACCGAUUGUCGAUGGAUCCCCCGGAGCGGCCCCUACCUAAGCCGAGAAACGAUAUCUCGCACAUACUGCCUCAGAGUGACGAUAACUCGCGAGUGCUUACCCAGCCGAGUGACGAUGACUCGCAAACUCAAGCGUCGUCCCAAUCGAGUGACGAUGACUCGCAGCCAGCUGUUGCUGUACAGGGAGACAGGACCUUGUCGUCCACACGGAGCGACGAUACCCUCGGACCUCUAUCACCUGCUUAUCAGGAUUCUGUCCUUGAGAUUGACUCACCACCCGGUGGCGGCCAGCAACAAGACGACGCUCAACAAAGGCUCAGUUUAGGAGAAUGGCAACGAUAUCCAGAUCUCCAACUUGACAGCUCAGUUCAUGAAGUGCAGCAAGGAGCACUAGAUCAUCACCCUGAACUAAAGAUUCGCGGUCCACAAGUCACACUAGACACGUCUGAUGAGAGCGAAGAAGAGCUUGCAUUAAUGAAUAUACCCGAAGAGAACGUCAUCUCAACAUUCUUGACGGUAGCUGCAGAGGAAACAGAACCCUUUGAGCCAAAGAGCCUGCAUCAUGCGAAAAACGACACAAGCUGGCUCGAAUGGGAAAGAGCAAUGCUCGAAGAAGUGGAAUCACUCAAGCAAAACAAAACAUGGGAGCUUGUUGAUCCCCCCAAAGACCGGCGAGUUCUCAGUGGAAAAUGGGUGUUCAAACUCAAACGAGGAUCUCAUGGCGAAGUACUCCGCCAUAAGAGCAGGUGGGUGGUGAGAGGCUUCACACAACAAGAAGGUAUUGACUAUGAUGAAACCUUUGCCUCGGUUGUAAAGCCAAUGAGCUACAAGGCCCUCUUCGCAAUCGGAGCGGCCCUGGACCUGGAGAUCGAGCAAAUGGACGUCAAAACCGCAUUCUUGUACGGACACAUAGACCACGAGAUCUACGUCGAACAGCCCCAUCACAUGACGGACGGUACCUCAAGGGUCUGCAAGCUUCGAAAGGCCCUCUAUGGGUUAAAGCAGGCUCCUCGCAUCUGGUAUCAGACCCUCACGAACUUCCUACGCAAUCUUGGCUUCGAGCCAAUCACCGCCGAUUUUGGUAUCUUCGUUCGGAGCAAUAUGUACAUCGCGGUGUAUGUUGAUGAUCUCCUGAUCGUCGGUCCGAGUAUCGCAGAGAUCAAGAAGAUCAAGCGGAGCCUAAGGAACCGUUUUCAGAUGACAGACCUGGGCCCAUGCAGCUACUACCUUGGGAUAUCCAUCCAGCGAGACCGCCAAAACAGGAAACUGUCCCUAAGUCAAGAAGCAUACAUUGACAAGGUUGCUCAUCAGUUUGAUAUUGGCAACUGCGCUCCCAUCGGUACGCCGAUAGAAACCUCACCGCUUCCAGAGAACAGUCCAGACUAUACGUGCCCUCCAGAUCAGAGGACCUCUUACCAACGCAUGGUCGGAUCUCUGAUGUACAUUAUGCUUGGAACCAGGGGGGGACAUCGCGCACGCAGUCUCUGUGGCGAGUAG